GCGGCGGCGGGGCUGGGCCGCGCCGCGCCGCGUGCGUUUUCCCGCCCAGGCCCGCGCAGGGCUCGCCGCGCCCCGGGCCGCCCGACGGGCGUCUCGGCCCCGCCCUGGCCACUCACCCGCGCGGCUCGACGCGCCCCUCCUUCUGGGUUUCCCCUCGAGCCCAGGCCCCACCCGUUUCCCGCCUCCGAGGCCUGCUCGGUCCCCGCCCCAGCCCGCCCCUCUCUGCGCCCCGGCUGCUUCUGCCGUGCAAGGCUCCAUGUUGUCGCCUGAGCGCGCGGUCGCGGCUGCUUCGGGAGGAGCAGGUGAUGCCAUGGAGAGUGGGAAGCCUGGCCCGGUGCAGGUGGUUUUGGUUCACAAGGAGCAGCAUUCGUUUGAGCUAGAAGAGAAAGCCCUGGCCAGCGUCCUCCUGCAGGACCAUAUCCGGGACCUGGAUGUGGUGGUGGUGUCGGUGGCCGGGGCCUUCCGGAAGGGCAAAUCCUUCUUUCUGGACUUUAUGCUACGAUACUUAUAUGCCCAGAAGGAAGGUGGCCAUUCAAAUUGGCUGGGUGACCCCGAGGAGCCCUUGACAGGAUUUUCAUGGCGAGGAGGCUCUGACCCGGAGACCACUGGGAUUCAGAUCUGGAGCGAAGUUUUCACCGUAGAAAAGCCAGAUGGGAAGAAGGUUGCAGUUAUUCUUAUGGACACCCAGGGGGCCUUUGACAGCCAGUCCACCGUGAAAGACUGUGCCACGAUAUUCGCUUUGAGCACCAUGACCAGCUCUGUCCAGGUUUAUAAUCUGUCCCAGAACAUUCAGGAAGAUGACCUUCAACAGCUACAGCUCUUCACGGAAUACGGACGUCUGGCCAUGGAUGAAAUUUUCCAAAAACCCUUCCAGACACUGAUGUUUUUGGUUCGAGAUUGGAGUUUUCCUUAUGAAUACAGCUACGGACUCCAGGGAGGAAUGGCAUUUUUGGAAAAACGUCUGCAGGUAAAAGAACAUCAGCACCAAGAAAUCCAGAGCGUCCGGAACCACAUUCACUCGUGUUUCUCCAGCGUCACCUGCUUCCUGCUGCCACAUCCAGGGCUGCAGGUGGCCACCAGCCCCGAAUUCGAUGGGAAGUUGAGAGAUGUCUCCAACGAUUUCAAGGAGCAGUUACAAGUGCUGGUGCCGUUCCUGUUAAACCCUGCUAACCUAAUGGAAAAGGAGAUCAAUGGCUCCAAAGUCACCUGCCGGGGGCUGUUAGAGUAUUUCAAGGCGUAUAUUAAGAUUUACCAAGGAGAAGACCUUCCUCACCCCAAGUCCAUGCUGCAGGCCACUGCAGAAGCCAACAACUUGGCGGCCGCCGCCUCUGCCAAGGACGUCUACCAUAAGAGCAUGGAGGAGGUUUGUGGAGGCGAGAAGCCGUACUUGUCCCCAGACAUCCUGGAGGCGAAGCACAACGAGUUCCGCCAGCUCGCCCUGGACCACUUCAAGAAGACCAAGAAGAUGGGCGGGAAGGACUUCAGCCUCCGCUACCAGGAGGAGCUGGAGCAGGACAUCCUGGAGUUCUACCAGAACUUCUGCAAGCACAACAGCAGCAAGAACGUCUUCAGCACCUUCCGGACCCCCGCCGUGCUCUUCUCGGGCAUCAUGGCCCUGUACAUCGGCUCGGGCGUCACCGGCUUCCUGGGCCUGGAGGUGCUGGCGCAGCUGUUCAACUGCCUGGUGGGCCUGCUGCUCAUCGCGCUGCUCACCUGGGGCUACAUCAGGUACUCGGGCCACUACCGCGAGCUGGGCGGCGCCAUCGACUCCGGGGCCGCCUACGUGUUGGAGCAGGCCACUUCUCACAUGAGCAACUCCACUCAGGCUGCCGUGAGGGAGACGGUCGUCGGGAAACCACCGAUGGACAAAAAAGCUCAGUAACAAGAGGAUCCCUCUGGAGCCCGACCAGCCCCUCCUGAUUUCUGGGUCUCUGCCGCGGCCACAGGCCAGCCCCCAGGGGAGCAGAUCUAGGUCCCCCGGAAGAGCUGAAACACACACCGUGAAAGGAACAGACUCUCGCCUGAUCCUUGGCCGGAGACCCAGCUCGCGUCCUUGUCCUUACUGCUCUGCUGCGUGCACUUUAGGGGGGAAGCCCGCGGGGUGUGGGGGCGGCCCGGUCCUCACGCGCCUCCGAGUGCCUUUCAGAUGGGAUUCGGGCUUUCGCACACCCGGUGGGGGGGUUUGAGACUCUCGAGAAUGAUUCUGUGUUGGGGUGAAAUUGCUUCGUUCUCUUACACCUUUCUCUUUGGAGAAGAAAGUCUUUUUCUUUGAACACACCUUCUAAACACCUAGAACUAAAGACCGAGAAAUGACACCAUGACACUUUAAAAGUCUUACCCACGCUUGCCACGCGAUGUGGAAAAAAUCGUGUCUUACUGAACUCUGUUCUCUUACCUUGAAAUUCAAGGUCUUUGACACACUUUUGUUGAUUUUUUUUUUAUUUUUUUCCCUCCUGCCUUUGUUCCUACAGCUUCUUCCUAAGAAAGAGGCUGACAUGCCUUGAAAAGCCAGAGUGGCUGAGAAUGAAAGGGUUGGGCUGGAGACACUAAGAAAAAAAAAGAGUUUAAGUGACCUCUGAUAAGCCACUGGAACUCGUGCCUUGAUCAGAUUCACGCUCCGUCAGUUUACAUGCAUGUAUUAUAUUCCACUCACACAGUUGUCACUUGAGAGGUUUUUGUUUUUGAGCCUUUUGAUACGAACAGAAAUUUAUUAGGGAAUAUGGAGAAAGACAUUACCAAAUAUUACUGAGGUCCUGUUUCAUGUUGAUUUGCAGUCUCUAUCUGAAAUGUUUUCAUUCCUACUCUCCUUUGUGCUAAUGUUUUUUAUUAAUGAAGCUAAAACUGUCCAUUACUUUAGUGAGUCUCCCGUUACUUAAGUUCACUUGACUAAUCUGGUAGCUUUAAAAUCCUAAGGACCAAAAUUCCAUUCAGAUAGGGAAAAUAGCUAGAGUCCUUUUUUAAUAUACCCUUGAUUAUAUGAUUUUUGUUUGUUCGUUUGUUUUCUUUUGGGUCCACAUUCAGCACUGCUCAGGUCUUACUCCUGGCUCUGUUCUCAGCGAUUACUCCUGGCAGGGCUCGGGUGAACCUACGCAGUGCUGGGGAUAGAUGCUGGGUAGUACAUUCACGGCAAGUGCCCUACCCAUUGUGCUAUCUCUUAGACCCGAGAUAAAAACUUUUUUUUAAUCUGCUGGUUGCUUUUCUCCUUUGAUUUGUAGUGGUGAAUUACUAUGAAUUUUAAGACUUCCUGAAACUUGCCUACAGGUAUUUAUAUAAAUAUUCAGGUAUGUGAGCCUUAGUUAUUAAACUAAUGAAGAAGGUAAAGUGAGUGUAAAUUCUAUGUACGUGAAGUAUGAAUGGAAGAGGAAAACAUGAGUCUUUUCUAAAAGCAUGUACUCAAAGACUUCGCUGCUUUAACACUUUACCACUCAUGUAUUUUUAUAAGUACUAAAAUAAUGCCGAGCUUUUAAAAAAUCUUUCAUAUUUUCAUAUAUUCUUGACCGAAGUUUUUGCCUCUCUCACCACUUGUUUUAUUCUUUCACCACUGAGUUUCAGAAAAAUUCCAGCUUGUUGUAAAAACAACUUGCACGUGAGUGAUGUUUAUCUUUGACUGUCAAGAUUAUUAAGAGCUUGCUUCUGAAAUUUUGAUACGUUUUCAGAUAACCUUUCUCCCCCUUGGUUUCAUACUUCCUUGGUAAAGCCUUCGCAGAUGUUGAGAUACCUAGCUUUUAAUGUCUAUUUCAUAAGCACACGCGCAGAUUUCAGAAUGAUUGUUUAGGGUGUAGAGUUCUGCUCCUUGAAUGGUGAGGAAAGGAUGAUAUGUUUAAAAACCUCUUUGCACUAGUAAUAGUUUUUAACCAAAAAUAUGACCAUGAAAGGUUUAAUGAAAUCUUAGGAUAUAGUUUGUUUCUCAUCAUUUCUGUUGGGUCUUAUAAAGAAAUGGCUUAAUUAUGCCGGGAAAGCGUUUUUUGUUUGUUUGUUUGUUUGUUUGUUUGUUUUUUAUUAACUUAUGGCUCUGGAAAAUGAGAAUUCUGAUGAAUUUUUUGGGCACUCUUCCCCUUAACUAAUUUUAAAAGAUGCAUCCUGAUUUCUGGCUAUACCUAGUCCCGGGGAGGUUUAUAACCAAGCGGAAAAGAAUGUCUUUACCUGUAAGCUUCCCUUCGCCUCCUUUGUGGGUCUGGGACAUUGCUUAGGACUCGAGACCGUCUUAGUUGGCGUCUCUUGCUCCCCCCCCCCCCCCGCCAGCCAGCCUCUCUGACUUGGUGCCACGGACUCACCCAGGGCUUCACACAUUCCAAAUACGCGCCGAGCUGCUCCCCGGCCCCUGUCAGCAUUCUUACUUGUUACUUCGGAUGUUUCUGACAGUGUAUGGGGCACAUUCCUGUCACUGUGCAAGAGGCUCUCAGCAUUUUUUUUAUUAAAACAACUCAGUAUUUCAGUAGUGCUGUGUUUGUUUAAUACCUGGUUAGCUUUUAUUUUUGUUGCUGAGAGGUUCCCACUUGGCAGUGCUUGGAGAGAAGUGUGCUGGGGGUCGAACCCGGGCCGAGCACAAGCCAGAUGCCCUGCCCCGUGAUCUGCCCAACUCCCCCCUCCCCAGCUUUUUUUUUUUUUUUUUUUGGCGGGGGCAAGGGGUUUGCAGCGUUCACCUACAUCCUGCAACUCGGCUAUUCCUGGCUCAGUGCUCAAAGACUUGAGCCCUGGCUUGGCAGGAUACGAGGCAAGCACCUUAACCCCCAGCUAACUUCCAGUGAAGAGUGCCAGAGUCUUCCUGUCCCCCAGCCUCACCAGAAGUAGCAGUUCCCGAGUGCAGAGCCUGGUGUAACCUCUGAGCAAGACAGACAGAAAAUUCAGGAUCAGGGGCUGGAUAGCAGCAGGUAAGGCAGUGGCCUUGCAUGCAGCAGACCCGGGUUGGGUCCCCGGCAUCCCAUAGGGCCCCCCAACUCCCACCAAGUGAUGCCUGAGUGCAGAGUGUGACCCAAACACCUCCCCCCCCGCCCACGCACACCAAAUAGAAUCAAAGUUUUCUUUCACUGAGAAAUAUUUCUAGAUUGCUUUAUGUAGACAAAGUGAAGGUGAGCUGUCACGUAUAGUGACAAACAUCUUGAGAUUUCUGCCUUAUCUGUACAGUAAACCCGGGAAUCGACCCCAUGCCGACGGUUUUAUACUUCCUAAAGUCGCCUCUGGAUGUUGCUUUCCGCAUGUUCUCUUUUCUAUGGAGUGAAGCGAUGGGGCAGAGCCUGCCUCCCGCCCCCCAUGCGCUCAGCGCGCCCAGCACACCCAGCGUCCCGCCCGCCUUGUGAAAACGUGCGUUUGAAUGAGUAUCUGUCCAUGUGAGUUACAGAGAAAUUACAAUAGGUUGAUUUAAGUCCGGGCAAAAAGAAUGCAAAUCAUUUCAUUUUUUCCUAUGGGUACUUUAUAAUGCUAUAGCCUGUGCUUGGUUGAGGGGGGCCGGGGGCUGUUCCUGCCCCUCUUCAGGAGUGACCCCGUGUGGUCACUUGCGGGACCACGUGCUGGGGACCGAGCUGGGAUCUGCCUCACGCACGGCGAGCACUGUGCAGCCUGCCUGGCCCUUUAAUAAUGUGAUAUGCAGAAGUCAUUAUGAAAUGUAAUUUAGGGUGAUGUAGGGUGGCUGUCAUCUAGGGGGGCCAAGAUUGGCUACAUCAUUCCAGCUUACAGUAAGAUGCAGAGGCCAGAAUGAAACAAGGGCAGUUAAGGACGGUGUGUGAUUGGUUUUAUUCCGGCAAGCAGCUCAUUGUGAAGACCAUUUGCAGUGGAAUAAUGUUCUUUGUAAACGAUGUUACAGUUAGAUUUGGGGCUGUAGUUCUUACGCAUUCUCUCCUUGGAGUGCAUAAGACCAAUGUGGAGGCUUUCUUUUAAAAAUGUAAAAAAUGCACAUGUGAUGCAGAACUUGAAUCAGUUAUAGAACAUGCAUUGUGGGGCCAGAGGUUCAAUUCAUGUGUGCGCACACACACACACACACACACACACACAUAUACACAUUCAGGUUUGUAACUUUAUAUAUUCAGGGACUGCCUUAUAGGGUCUGGGGAUUAGCCUGAGAGUUCCUCCCCUCUUUUUUUUUGUUUGUUUGUUUGUUUUCAGGUCACACCCGCAAUGCUCAGGGUUUGUUCCAGGCUCUGUACUCGAUGGUGCUCAGGGGAUCACAUAGGGUGCCGGGGAUUGAACCUGGGUUGGCUGUGUGCAAGGUCAUCGCCCUUCCUGUUGUACCAUCACAUCACUCCAGCCCCAGAGAGUUCACACUUUCAUAAGCAAUUUCACAGGUUCAGGAACCAUAAUGAGAAAAACUUCUCUGGGGGGGUAGGAAGAUGCAAUUCAGGGUUGACUGGGGGCGAGUGGGUGGUCUGGAUGGAGCUUCAGGGCAGGGGGCACAAGCACAGACUCGGGGUUCAGAGCAGAAAGGAUCCCUCUCUGUUGGUAGGCGAGUUAGUUUUCUUUUAACCUUCUAAGUUGGGAUGUCACCGUGCCUUCCUGAGAAGUCAACGCCCACUCUCCCUCCAAACGGAAUUGGAGUCAAAACUUUGGAAAAUUUUUCUUAUAAGAAGGAAAGUUUAGAAUUGUGACUUUAAACCCCUAAAUCUUUCAUACAUAAAAAAACUGAAGCCACAAAUAAAAAUAACAAAUACAGAGGGAAGGAUCAUAAUUUUGAAAAGCAUCAACAGUUUUCCAUACACGGAACUUUGAAAAAUAUCCCCCUCCCAAAAAAAAAAAAAUUAGGGCAGGCAGGUUUUUAAGGAAAUUUUUCUUCUUUGGGAAAGAAUUUCAUGUGUUCAUCUAAAGUUUAAAUGUAGUAUGCUGAAGACCUCAGAAGGGUUUCGUCUGCUUCCCAAAGUUUUCCCAUUCCGAUGCCAUCAUUGACUUAAGCCUUAAAGGAGUUAAUAUUAAUCUUGAGUUUAACAGAUUGUUCUUCACGAUUUUCUUUCUCUUUAAAAGCUGAUUUGCUUAGGGCACUUUCUCUGAUUCUUGCCUUUGACUUCGGAACGCAGUCUGCUUUUUUAAAAGUGCAUUGAGAUCAAUGUAUGCCAUCGCUAUAAUAAAAGCAUGCUUGUUUCUUAUUUGCAAGAAUAAAGGUCCUUACAGCCUGA